CCAACACCAUCCUUUUUUGAAGCGGAAGAGAAGGAACUUUGACCACCGCUUGUUAGCAGCCGGCUAGCAGUUUUCCGUGAAUUGUUUUCUUGUUUUUCGGUGCUGGGGCAUAUGAAGAAAGAUGUGGUUUAUUUAUUUACUCAGUUGGCUUUCGUUGGUGAUUCAAAUAUCCUUCGUCACUCUUGCAAUAGCUGCUGGCCUGUACUACUUGGCCGAACUCAUAGAAGAAUAUACUGUAGCCACAAGCCGAAUAAUAAAGUACAUGAUUCUGUUUUCCACAGGAGUGCUGGCAGGCCUCUAUGUUUUUGAAGGCUUCCCCAUAAUAAUGGUGGGAGUUGGCCUCUUCACAAAUCUGGUGUAUUUUGGGCUCCUGCAGACCUUCCCCUACAUAAUGCUGAGCUCCCCAAAUUUUAUCCUUUCAUGUGUGUUGGUGGUGGUGAAUCAUUAUAUGGCCUUCCAGUACUUUGCACAGGAGUAUUAUCCAUUUUCUGAGGUGCUGGCAUACUUCACCAUUUGCCUGUGGGUGAUCCCCUUCGCCUUCUUUGUGUCACUGUCAGCAGGAGAAAAUGUACUUCCAUCCACUGUACAGCAAGGAGAUGAUGUGGUGUCCAAUUAUUUUACCAAGGGCAAACGGGGCAAGAGGUCUGGAAUCCUUCUCGUGUUCUCCUUCCUCAAGGAGGCAGUGCUACCCAGCCGACAGAAGAUGUUCUGAAGAGCGUGGACUCGGGGUUCAUACGGGGUGUCUUAGCGAGUUCGUAUGGGGUAGAGAUCAAGGGAGAAGCAUAAAGGACCGUGGAAAAUGUGUUCAGGACUAAAACAAAGAAAAGGAGAAGCAGAACUAAGAACGGACCAACGAGCGGAGCUGCUGCACGAGCCGUCGAGUUUACACGGGCCAUGUACUGACUGCCAACCACACCUACUGCAGACAUCUUUGAGGGGAUCCUGUCAGUAGCUCAAAGCUUUUGUAUCGUCACAUUGAAAUUUUUUUGUAAGCUUUAGUAUUCAAUUAUGUCUGAGCAGGAUUUGAAAUUUACCAACAGACUCAAAUGUUCAGCAAAUGUGUCGUUUAUAUGUUUAUGUCUUAAGUUUUAUUUGAAUACGCACUCAAAGCCAGAUGAGGAAACAUAUUCAGCCGUUAAAUCUUAACUAAACUCUGCCGAGUUAAAAAUAGGAUGCGAAAUAUUUUUAAAAACGGCAGAUUUUGACUCAAAUUAAAGCUUUGUGUAUCGACACCUGUACAUUUUUAGCCUCAAAUAAGAAGGAGCAGCAUGUUGGAUUGUUAGGAAUCUUUAAUGUUUUUUUUUUUUUUAUAGAAUAUGAAUCCUGCAUAUCACAUUUCUGUUUAUUAUUUUUUUUAUCUUUGUAACUCCUAAAGUGAAGUGCAAGGAUCAUUUUAAUUUCCCAAUUCACUACAUGGGAUUUGUUUGGAUCAGCUUUAAAAUGCAACAUUAAUCACCAGCAAUGCAGAGUCUUGUGUUUAGUCUAUUUAUUAGAAUUUGUUGUUAUUAAAACAAAUCUUGGAUCAGUCGGUAAGCUAAACGCCAGACAUUUCUGUAGAUCAAAUCGUCCAAUUUCCCUUUUCAAUCUUCCUAAACUAAAGCUGUUCGACGUGGGUUCAUCGUUAAAGAUCUAAAAAGAAAUUCUUUUACCAAUCAUAAAAAUGCGAUUUAUCAUAGGCUGGCAUGCACACAACUGUGAAAUAAAAGAUUUUGUUCAAUAAA